GCGCUGCUGACCAUGCGGGUCGGAAGGUAGAGCAGGAGAGCCCAGACGAGGUUGGGAAGAGGAAACGCCAUUACCCACAUUGGCCGUCUUGCUCCCGUUUGCGGGGAAGAUUUCGUUUCGUUAGCAGAGCUCUGUGGGAGUGAAGAUGGCGCGCAAGGCAGUUCUCAUAGGCAUCAGCUAUGCCGACAACCGGCAGAUUCCGACUCUGGACGGUCCUGUCCACGAUGUCCUGCAAGCGAAAUCCGUUUUGACGUUAUCGUAUGGCUUCGCCGAGUCGGAUCUUUUUGUGCUUGUCGAUGAUCCGUGCGUCUACAAGGGCGGCGCUCUCUCGCCCACCAAGUCUAAUUUGUUGGCCGCUCUUGAUUGGCUGGUGAAAGGCGCGCGGGAUGGCGACAUUUUGUACGUGCAUUUCUCCGGCUAUGGGUCCCAGGUUCCGUCAAAGGCUUCCUUCGAAGGAUUGGAGGAGGUUAUCCUGCCGAUCGACGCGACGUGCGACGCUAGCGGUUUCAGGAAUUUCAUCACGCAUGAUGUGUUCUUGGAGAAGUUCGACUGUGUUCCGAAGGGCGUUACUGUUGUCUUCGUUUUCGACACUGGCUUCAGGGCUGAUAAUGAAUGUGCGGCAGCUGUUCACCAUUACACGUGUCGCAGCCUGCUGAACAAGGCUGUGAGGACGAGGGGCCUCGAGAAUGUCGGCGUAAGGGCGGGCUACAGGAAGCUGAACGAGGACGGGAGGUUCGCGGCGUUGAAGUCUGGGAAUCCUCUUCGAGACAGGUGCUUCGCUACUCCUUGUGCCUGGUUUGCCAGCGACGAACGACAGCCGAGCUGGGACGCGAAAAUCGAAGGGAAAGCUGUGGGCGCUUUCAGUUAUUACUUCUAUGGCGCCAUCAGCAACUCAUCCAACGGCACGGAUAUCACGAAUGACAGCCUUCUCUCCGCCACUACGCAAGCGCUCUACGAUGCUGGAUUUUUGCAGAAGCCCGUGUUCGCAUCCGUUGAUGCCGAUGGCAAGCAGAAGUUCCUUCCGCCCGUGCCUGCGCCGCCCGCUCCCGUCGUCUGCCCGGCGCCGUCGGAGCCGCAUCCUGUCUGCGGAUCUCCGCGGACGGUCGAUAGUAUCGUGAGGGAUCUGGUCUGCGCUUUGGGUGUCUCCGGUCUGGACAUCGCUACUCGCAUCAGAGAGGGUUGGUCAAAGCUGACAGUAGAUGAGCAAGUCGUCAUUUACGAGUCGUUGUUCACGGCGGGAGGUGUGAACGCAGUGAAGCUGGGUGCGGAGCUUGCGGGUGAUGAGCGCUUCCUCCAAACAGUUGAGUGUUUGGGGGAGGUUGUCUUUGAGAAAUGCUCUCGAUAUUCGCUGAGUUACUGGGUCAAGUGUUCCCGCCCGAGUGCGAAUGUCUGCUUCAUCCCACCUCCUCCUGCGAUCCCUGGUUGCCCACCACCGCCUGUCUGCCCACUACCGUUUGUGUGCCCGCCAGCCUGUCCGUCACAGCCUUUCUGCCCACCAGCAUGUCCGCCACCGCUAUGCCUGACACGCCUCCAGGAGCUCUCGAUCGCUUAUCUUAAGAAGCACGUGGUAUCUGGCGAUUGCGAGCAUAUCGUCGAGGUUUUGGCGACGCGAAUUGCCCUCUCCCAGUGCGCCGCCCUUGCCGACCAUCAGAGACUUGUGGACCAGCUUUCGUUUCUUGUUCAACCGAAGGCAUACGGCUUGAUCGCUGAGCUGUUCGGUGAUGCUCGCCCACCCGCAGGUCUCAAACUUCCCGGUUCUGCAUACGGCUUGAUCGCUGAGCUGUUCGGUGAUGCUCGCCCACCCGCAGGUCUCAAACUUCCCGGUUCUGUCUGCGCGGAUCCGUGCACGCCGCCACCGGCACCGCUUCCCACUCAGGCAUGUGUGCCCCCUCCCCCUUCCCCACCGGCCUUUGUUGAGCUUGACGGUCGGCAGAGCUACUUCGUGAGUAGGAUUGUCAGCUACGUGAAAUGCUCCACGGAUGCCACGAAGGUGAAGGAUAUGGUCACGAAGCUCGCAGGCUGUGCUGGCAUCGGGCUCACUGCGCAGCAGGCAAUCAUCGACGAGAUCGCCACCCUGGUGGAGGCGGACGGGUGGUUUGCCUUGAAGCUGAUCUUUGCCAAGGAGGCGCCUGCGGGUUUGAAGUUCCCCGAGAAAUGUGUUGCGCCUGCUCCAGCCCCUUCGGUUUGUCUUCCCCAGGCAUGCCUUACUGCCGUCCAAAUCGCCACGGUGGAGAAGAUCUCUGACCUGGUGGAGAAUAUCUGCGAUCGUGAACUGGUGCGAGGCAUGCUGUUGAAGCUUGUGGAACCGUGUCCGUCAGACUUGGACCACAAGCAGAGCCUCCUCGAUGAGGUCGUUAGAUUGGUGAAGAUCGCAGCAAGGCCGUGCCUUCCCGCGUUGUUCGUGCCAGAGCCGCCGAAGGGUUUGAUUUUCCCUGCAGGAACCUUCCACAAGGAUCCUUGCGAGCCCAAGGUAGGGGGCGGUGUUUCGCUGACGGUGCGACAGAAGAAUGCGGUGGACUUGCUGGCGAGGUAUGGGUUGGGAGUGGGCGAAGUAGAAAAAGUCCGUGACCUGGCCACGGUGAUCGCGUGCAACAGCAACCUGACACGUGAUGUGCAGCAGCAGAUCAUCGACAAGAUCGCGACGCUGGUGGAGAUCCGUGCGUACCCUGUUCUUCCGGAGUUGCUGAGCUCGGACGUGGCGAUCUCCGCGCUGGUUUUCCCUCCUGGGACGUUUGUCUCCACGUACGUGCUGGCCACCGGCGAGGCCCUGAAGGACCUGAAGAGUGCGGAGGAGAGCCUCCGGGAUCUCGUGUGCAAGUUAGGAGUGGAGGGGUACGAGAUCGGAAUGAAGGUGAAGUCGCAGUGGGCGACCUUGGAAGUGGAAGAACGCAAGAGCAUAUACAAGUCGCUGUACACGAAGGGCGGGCUGGACGCCGUCAAGGCGGCCGCUGUGUUGGGCAGUGAGGUGAACUACGUGGAGUUGCUGGCCGCYGCCGUUGGAUCAARCGUCUGCUGCCCGGCCGUUCCCCCUGUUCCCGAGGCGGAGCUGCCCACGGCUGUGCGGAAGAUCCUGGAUAUCCUUGUCCUGGGGGCGGGCAUCGCCGGCUAUGAUCUGGGUGUGAAGAUCCUGAAGGAGUGGAAGUUUUUGAGCGCCGAGGAGCGUAAGAGUGUUUACACGGACCUCCUCCGCCUGGGUGGCGUUGAGGUUCUGGCGGCCGGCGCAAAACUCGCCCGGGAUCGCGUAUUUUUAGAGGAACUGGUCGCCGUGGGCACUAGUCUUUCGUCCAAGGCCAGCGUUGUUUGCGACACCUCGGCGGAGAAAGCCUCGCAGCAACAGCGGGAUUUGCGACAGGUGGUGGUGUUGGCCGGCGCUGCUGGAUAUGAAUUGUCCGUGAGGCUUCUGUCGGAGUCGCUSUCUGUCUCAGACAAGCGCGAUAUUUACUCAAAGCUCUUCGCAGAAGCGGGACUCGAGGCYGUUCGAUUGGGCGUGUCCCUUGCCAAGGACACCGCUUUCGUGGAAGAAUUGACGGUUAUCGUCCAGGACCUCACUGUGUUCUUGUGUAAGGGAGGGUACUUAGACGAGUGCCCAGCUCCGGCUCUUUGCCUUCCGAAGCCUGAGCAACCCGCACCUCCGGCCUUUCAUCCCUGCGGAGCUGAGUGUGUAACCAUCGCCACGGAAGUGGGGAAGGCUGCUUUGAGAGAGAUUGUUUGCAUCGCGGGCCUGCGGGGCUACGAGAUUUCCAUCCGUUUGGCGAAGGAGUCGACCACAUUGUCGGCCGCGACAAAAUUGGAGCUAUAUGGUGAAUUGCUCCGCCAGGGUGGACUCGAUGCGCUGAGGCUGGCAGCAGUGGUUGAGGCCGACCGUUGCUUCCUGGAUGAGCUGAAAAAAUUCGGUGAGGAAGAUGCUCUGUCCCAAGUGCUGUGUGGAAGCAGUGAUUCGGCGUGCGACAGGCUCAGGGAACUGAUUGGCCUGGCCAGUGUCGAAGGAUACCUCCUGGGUGUGACGUUGGUGGAGAAGAUGAGCACGCUCAGCUUGAAGGAGAGGUGGGAGAUCUACGGCAAAAUCUAUGCAAUAGGUGGGCUGGGGGCGCUAAAGGUUGCAAUUAUUGCCUCCAAAGACAAGGAGGUGGCGGAAUCUCUGAAGGAAUUUACUGACAAAGUGAAAGUGUCGAUCUUGGAGCUCGUGCUUGAGACCGUCUGCGUUAGUUCUGCCCCGCGACACAAGUCGGAGCCACCGGUUUGCACGGCCCCGUAUGCCUGUUGUGCUCCGCCGGCCGUCGCCGCAUCUCCUGCUUGCCUCUCAAUUCCACAACGCGAGGCCCUGAACUCGGAACAGAAGAGAAUAAUCUUGGCGCUUUACUACCUGGCAGGCGAGGAUGAGCGAGUUAAGAUGUACGCAACGCAGCUUGCUGAGGAAGGAAAGGGGCUUAGGGAGGAGAGUAAGAGGAAGAUUAUCGGACACAUAAUCUGUCGGACAGGGCGUGACGGCGUGGACCUUGUGCAAGCUCUAAGCGAGGGGAAGUGUGUGGCUUUCCAGUGAAUAUUGUUAGGCCUCCACUCGAGGGGUCCAUUGCAAAUAAGCUGUCCAAUGAGUUGCUAAGGUUAGCACGUGCGGCUAUUCUGGGUGUGACAGAGGUUGUAUUUCGGCCGAUCUAUCAUUAUGGGAAGGUGAUCGGCGGAAGGCGCUGUUUAUUCUAUCUGCAUGUAUAGCCUCAUUUGCUAAAUUUAGCUACCGCCAUGUUUUGGUUAGGGUUGUAGAUAGAGUGACCGGAAAUAAUGAAGUUCUGACGCCUGGGCUGAAGGACCAGCGAGUUACACGGAGCCGGAUCAGUCUUUCGUUUUAAACCCUGCGUCGAAUUUUGUGUAAGUCUGUAAGACAUCGCGUUUGAAACUUAUCUUGUUAGGCACUGAGGUUAUUUGCGAAGGACUCGGUCUUCCUUAAUCAGUGGACUGCUGUCGUCAACGACCUUAGUCUGUCCGGAGGUCUGCUUGGCAAAGCCUGAGAAGCCCUCUCCUAGCGUGACUGACGAUGGCGCCACCGGGAGGUUUUCUUCUGCUCUCCGGCGAUCGCUCUUCAGCUAUUGCCGGCAACUGAGUCAAGAAUGGAGUGCGAGACUCCUGAAGAUCUCACAACUCCUCUCACGGGCUGGCACCAAAUUUAUUGCAGAAUGUCCUUUCUGCAGACCGCUGCCACAUAUCCUCAACCCGUGUCUUCUUUUUAAUGAUUUUUACCCUCGAGUUCCUCGGCCCAUGUCGAAAGCCGUAAUCCUGUGAAGUAGACCGCAGGCGCACUCAGUUCUAGUCGGCGGCCACAGUAGGGAGAGUGUCAGUUACCAAAACGGAACAGGGUUUCAUCUUGGUCGUUUUGGGCCGAGUUCGGACCGGCGCCUAGGUCUGUGACGUGGAAGUUAGGGGUAAUUCAGCAAUAGGUAGGAGUAGUAGAUUGAAGUAGGAGGGCAGUUGGGUAUGCAUCUUUUAAUUGGGUUCUUGAGCAGAAGCGAAACCGGCUGAUGCUGCCGGGAUAACUCCGGGUUGAAUUGUGAGGUCCCCGGCCUCGUUUCGACUGACGUUUUGAAAUGAAAUUGAAUGAGGAAU